AUGACAUCCUCGCUUAAGACAUCCGCUCUCGAGACCAUCUUCGGCCAUCAUCCAGAUGGAGCAAAAUCACAGGAAGGAAUAGACGCCCCAGCUUGGCACGGCCUCGCCGCAAAGAAACGCGCCUCGAAUUUGGCCAAAAUCCCUCAAGAAUGGCGACUUCCGAGAGAUACGCUGAAGGAUAUCCACGAAGAGUCCAAAAUCAGCGUCCUUGAUGUGCCCCGGUCCUGUGGACUGCUCACAACGGACGAGCUUCGAAUCACCGAGGACUUUGACGCCACAGGCCUCUCGGAACAGCUGUCGACAGGCGCGCUAAAGGCGUACGAUGUAGCAAAAGCAUUCUGCAAGCGGGCUGCCAUUGCUCACCAGCUGACGAACUGCCUGACCGAGAUCUUCUUCGACCAAGCCCUGGAGCGAGCCAAGAUGCUCGACGAGUAUUACGAGCGCGAGAAGAAGCCGCUGGGCCCUCUUCACGGCAUCCCCAUCAGUCUCAAGGACUCGUAUGUGGUAAAGAAUGUCCACCACACCCUGGGAUACAUCUCCUUCCUAGACAGGCCGCCAGCGGAAAACAACUCGCCAAUCGUGCAGAUUCUCCUAGAUCUGGGCGCUGUGCUAUACGUCAAGACCAACAUCCCCCAGACCUUCAUGACCGCCGACUCGGAGAACAACGUCUUCGGCCGCACGCUCAACCCACGACGACUAACGCUGACGGCAGGCGGCAGCUCGGGCGGCGAGGGCGCCCUGAUCGCGAUGCGCGGCUCGCUGCUGGGCGUGGCGACGGACGUGGCGGGCUCGAUCCGCAUCCCGGCCCUGUGCAACGGCGUGUACGGCUUCAAGCCGACGGCGAACCGGCUGCCCUUUGGCGGCAACGCCGCGCCGGGCCGGCUGGGCUCGCCCUCGCCCAUCGUGCCGCUGGCGGGGCCGCUGGCGACGACCCUGCGCGACUGCGAGCUGCUGGCCCGCAGCGUCGUGGGCGCCGAGCCGUGGCUGCUGGACGACGGUGCCCUGAACGUGCCGUGGAGGCAGCAGACACUCCUCCCCUCCUCUUCCUCAUCUGCCACCAAUGGCGCGACGACGACCACCACCAAACCCCUCCGCUUCGGCCUCAUCACCGAAGACCCGACCCGCCCCCUGCACCCGCCCGUCCUGCGCGCCCUGCGCACAGCCGCGAACAAGCUCUCCGCCGCCGGCCACACCAUCGUCCCGCUCGACUCCUCCUCCUACUCCCUCCCCUCAAUCAUCUCCGUCGCGGCCCUGGCCUGGAAGUUCUUCGCCCUCGACCCCUCCAAAACGCCUCUCCGCAUCAUCCAGGACGGCGGCGAGCCGCCCAUCAAGAGCCUGCACACGGUGCGGGUGCCGCAAAACGACGGGUGGACGGCGAGCCUGGACGCACUCUGGGAGCUGGUCGUCGAGCGCAAGCGCAUCACCAAGGCCUUCCACGACGUCGUCGUCGGCGAGCGGCUGGACGCCCUGCUGACGGUGCCGCACUGCGCGACCGCCGUGCCGCACGACACGUACGGGAUCCCCGGGCACACGGUGCUGGCCAACGUGCUCGACUGGCCCGCCGCUGUGCUGCCGUUUGGCGUGGCGGAGAAGGGGAGGGAUGCGGAGUUUCUGCGCGAGGGCGUCGAGUACGUGCCGCCGUAUGCGCCGGAUGAGGUCGAGGGCGCGCCGUGUGCGGUUCAGGUGCUGGGCAGGCCGAUGAGGGACGAGGAGUUGCUGAGGGAUCUGGAGGUCGUGGAGAAGGUUCUGCGCGCGUGA